AUGGGGCCGACUUCCCGCCUGGAUCCCGCUCCGGGAGCCCAGACCCACCGGCACCCGGCGGACGGCGACUCUAGAAACCUCCGGAGCCUCUGCCACGCACCAGACCCGCCCGGCGGGGACGGCCGGAGGAAGCGGGGAGGCGGCGGCUCCUCCUCCCGGGCCGCCCCGGCCCCCAAAACUCCAGGCCCGCUCCGGAUCUUUUCCAUCGGUGCAGUCACCCGGGUGGGAGAGACAAAACCCCAGCCGCGGGCUGCAAUAAGGCUGGAGCUGCUGACUUACACCCGCGGCCACGGCACCGGGGGCGUCCGGCCGCCCUUCUGCGGGCAGCGGCGGGUCGAAGCCGCGGGGAACCGUGGGGCCGGGGCGGAGGGGAGCUCGGAGCCGGGGGGAGGCCCGGAGCCGGGGGGAGGCCCGGCUCAGCGGCGGGGCGGAGAGCAGCUCGGAGGCGGGGCCGUGCGGCGGGUGCGCUGCGUCCAGACGGGGCCCGGGGCGGGCGCCGGGGACUGCGUGACCGUGCGGGAGGAGGUGGUGGCCCACCGCAGCCGGCCGCACCUCUACCUGCAGCGCAUCCGCAUCGCUAACCCCACCGAGCGGGUGGCCGCCUUCGAGGCUUUGGCCCCGGCUUCCGCGCCCGCGCUGGGCAGCCGCUUCGCCACCAGCCUGGAGAAGGCGGAGGAGCGGCAGUUCCUGCUCUCCUCCGGCCGCCUCCUGCUGCCCGGCAGCCCCAAGGUGGUGCUCAUGGUGGUGGCUGCCAAGAAGCUGGUGAGCCGGGUGCAGGUCGCGCCCAAGUCCCACUUUGAUGAAACCGUGCUCUCCGUGGUGUACACCUCGGAGCCCAUCGAGGUCUCCAGGCUGGAGGAGACCUUCAGCAAGCUGAGGGAGUCGGCCAAGAAGGAGAUGCUGGAAGUGAUGCAGAUGGGAGUGGAAGAUCUUUUUCAUGAGCACCAGCAGACCUGGUCAGACCUGUUCAUUUCAGGAGUUGAAAUGAGAAAGAUCACAGAUUUGCACACACCAUCCAGUGAGACUGUGAACAUGACCCUCUACUACGUGUUGUCAACCAUGCCAGCUCCUCUGCUGGAUCCGCUCAUUAGUGGUGAGGACAGAGAAAAAAUGGAAGCCAGCAUGAACUAUGCUGACCACUGCUUCAGUGGCCACGCGACCAUGCACGCAGAGAACCUGUGGCCAGCAAAGCUGACCAGUGUCACCCAGAUCUUGCAACUCUCAGACCUGUGGAAGCUAACUCUCCAGAAACGAGGAUGCAAGGGUCUUGUGGCAGCUGGAGUCCAUGGUCUUAUGCAGGGAAUGGUGCUUAGCUUUGGGGGUCUGCAGUUCACAGAAAACCACCUUCAGUUUCAGGCUGACCCCGAUGUACUUCAUAACAGCUACUCCUUACGUGGGAUCCAUUACAAUAAGGAUUUGAUUAAUCUGGCGGUUCUGCUGGAUGCUGAAGGAAAGCCCUUCUUGCACGUGUCUGUGAAAUUCCAAGACAAACCAGUCAGACUGUAUGCGUGUGAGGCAGGUUGUAUGAAUGAGCCUGUGGAGCUCACCUCGGAGGCACGAGGGCACACGUUCCCCGUCAUGGUGACUCAGCCCAUCACGCCACUGCUUUAUAUAUCCACAGAUUUGGUCCACUUGCAGGACCUGAGACACACACUCCAUCUAAAAGCUAUUCUGGCUCAUGAGGAACACAUGGCCAAGCAAUACCCAGGUUUACCCUUCCUCUUCUGGUUCAGCGUGGCCUCCUUAAUCACCUUGUUUCACUUGUUUCUGUUCAAACUCAUCUACAAUGAAUACUGCGGGCCGGGAGCCAAGCCGCUCUUCAGGAGUAAGGUGUAAGGCUGCUGCUUUUGGCUGCUCUCCACUGAGUGUUGUCAACCUGAGUUUCUGUCAGCUGUGCCUAGGGAGGGUCUGUUGGACUGUAAGGAUCUUCAGUCUCUCUUGUAACAAGUGAUCCGUGACCUUUUCUGGCAAGAAGCAGGAUUAGGGCAGGGACUGGAGUGGUAGGGCUCACAAACAUUACAAAAGAUAAAGCCAUCAUCUGUCCUUCUUAAACAUUUGUGAGGCUGCAGAUCAAGGCAGGCACAGCUUUUCUGUCCUUUUUCCACACAUUGGUGUAGGACGUUGCUUGUUUUUAAGCCAACAGUUGCAGCUGGGUAAUGAGACGGUGUCCUUUGUUCCCCAGUGCUGCAGUGCUUGUGAGGGAGCUGCUGUAGGUGUCUUUACUGCUGCGUGGGAGACGUGCACCCUUCUCUGCCUGGGGUGAGCGCGUGACGUGUCGUACAACAUCACACAAAUGCGAGCUGUUGUUCUUAGGGCAAGGUGCUGACUUUGUUGGGACUGCUGGUAAAUGCUCAUGGAUUCAGAGAUGCAGUCCUCCAUCACACCACGUUUGCCAUCAUCAUUUUGGGAAAGUGCUGAGUUAGUGGUUCUCCCAUUCAGACAAAAUACUCAGCUGUGUUAAGAAUAAUACUGAGUGCUUUUACUGUGAGUUGGAGGUUCUGACUUCAAGCUCUACUGAAUCUCACUUCAGUGUAGAGGAUUUGAAAUUCUUGUUCUGCGUUGCCUUAGAAAACUUAGUUGCUCGUAAAAACUUAGCACAGAAUAGACCAUAGAUGGUGAUUCCUGCUCUUAGUACUGGUACUUUCUGGUUGCGUGUGAUACAGAAUGGAAAUCAAAGACAAGACUGGAUUUGCUGUGUGUGCUGGCCAUGCUGUUCAGAGGCAUCCUUAGAUUAAAGAAUUAAAUGUAACUUGUGUUUAAAAAAGAAAAAAAAGAGGAAAUAAAAAAGGACAGAGUUAAAUAGUGCUGUCAGAGGAAAAGUUCUAGCUUUAGAUUGCCUGUUUUUUCUGAAUUAUAAAAGCAAAUUGAAUUUUGGAUAGCUAAGGCUGGACAGAAGGUGCUGGACUAAACUUGACAGUCAGUACAUAAGGGGUGUUUAAGCAAGUUGGCAUUUUCCUCUCAGCUCACUGGCUUUGUAAUGUUCAGCACUGGAGAUCAGGCCUGAUACCAAGCAGUUCUGGUCUGGAUACCUGUCAUCCAUUCAAAGAAUUGAGAGUGGAAGGUGCUUGUGGCUGGACAGACUGACCCAGGCAGAGGCAGAACAGCUAUGUAUAUCAAAGACAACUGCAGUUAUAAGCCUGUGAUCAUGAUCGGAACCUUAGUGCAAAAGGAG